AUGGCAGAGGAACUGGAGGAACUCCUCUUCGCGGACGGUGCGGCGCAGAUCCUACAGGUGGUGUAUCUCACCAUCGUCCUGCUGCUGGCUCUGGUAACCAACAGCCUGGUGAUGUCAGUCGUCUACCGCGAGAGCAACCUCCAGACUCCGGGCAACCUGUUGCUGGUCGCGCUGUCGUUUAUUCACAUCGUCGGCGCUCUGAACAGCAUCCCUAUCACUGUGUUGGUUCUGGGCAUGGGCGGCUACAAGUUCGGCCAGGUCUACUGCACCGUGCAGGGCCUUGUGGGCAACUUCACCAUCAUCUCGUCGCUGUGUCUUCUUGGGGCGGUGUGCGGUUCCCGACUGCUUAUGGUCACCAGGCCGACGGAAUACCUCACGAAGUUUACCGACGACGUGGCGAAGUUGGUCGGGGGCGCGUGCUUCCUCCCCGGCGGCGUAGCGGCGGUGCUGCCCCUGGUGGAAGGAACCGACUUCAAGUUCAACCCGGGGAUGCUGGUCUGCUGGGGCUACUCCAAGAGUGCCAACGUCAUCUUCUUGGCCAGCUUCCUGUGGUGCAUCCUCUCCACCACCGUGUCUCACUACCUGUCCUAUCGCGAAGCCAAGCGGCUGGCGGCGAUCAAGGCAAGCUUCGGGGCGGCCGUGUACGUCUGGGAGACUCUCAAACGCACGGCGUUCAUGGCCGGAGCCUUCUGGAUCACCUGGCUGCCUGGACUCGUCAUCAACAUCAUCAUCGCUGAGAAGGACGCAGCAACAAUGUCGGACUACGCCUUCCAAAGAAUAUUCAUCCUUCUGAAUCUGCUGACGACCUUCAUGAACCCGCUGAUGUACGCCUUCACCCACCAGUUCAUCAGGAACGCGGUGAGGAGACAGUUCUACCGGAUGCACUUGACCAUGAACGAAGUAAUGGACGAUUUGAAGAAGUGGAGGUACCGAAAGAGGCGUUCUCUACCGGUAGGAGAACGAAGCAAUAGACGAUUUGAAGAAGUGGGGGUAAGAGGCGUUCUCUACCGUUUCAAGAACGAAGCAAUAGACUAUUUGAAGAAGUGGAGGUAA